AUGGCAGACGGAUCAACGGCCAAUACUGAUUUGGUGAUCAGUCAGUUGGAAGCUGCUAAGAAGUUUACUUUAUCCCAACCAGACCAAUUUCUUAAUGUAUUCAAAGGAAUCUUGCCCAUUAUCAACUCUCCUACCCAAGCGUAUCCUGUACGACAAUGGGGUGUCGAGUUUAUGUACGAGACCUUUAUCGAUAACAACAAUAACAACAACAACAAUAGCAACAACAACAACAGCCAGAACAACAACAACAACAACAACAACGGCAACGGCAACGAUAAUGGGACUAGUGGUAGCAUCCAGCUCAAACUCAAUGAAAAAGUAGAUCUUGCUAUUGAAUCUCUAGACACCUUGCUUUUCUUGAUUGAUUUGCCAAUAAACUUGCAACAGCAACAACAGCAUGCACACCAGCACCAACAACGUGCGCUUCACAGUAAGAUACAAAUCCAACAUCUCGAUGUAAAGACUUUUCGUCAUUUGAUUGAUAUCUCAACUAUAGUGUAUAAGUUGGUGUUUCAAUACGUUGCUGAAAACGACAAUUGUAACCAAAUAUGGAGUAAAUUAACAGAGUUGAAAAACUCACUAGUCAACAAGUUUCAAACAACAUACCCAUUGGAGAAAUCAGAUAACGAAGAACACGAUUUGGUAAGAAACAUUCCCACGAAAUUGGACUUGCUAAACUUCUUAAUGACAGUAAUUGACUACCAGUCAAAGACAAAGAUUAUUGGAGACCCAGUGGACGAUAGCGGGUUCUCCCUCGAUCGAGUGCGUCCGGAUCACACGUUGAUCAAAUACCAAAACAUGGAGUAUGAAUCCAAUACUUUGUUCACACUAGUGUUGCGUAUUUUCCAAAUGGACAUCAUUAUACCAGCUCUUUUAACAGCGACAAUCAAUCACAGUGUCGUAAUCAUCAAAAAGAAACCUCAACUUGUCUCUGCAUUGCUCAAGGCAGUGGAAAGCUAUGAAACAAAUUCUAAAUUCCAAUCCAAUUACCAAUCAGUCGAGGAAUUCAAACUAUCAAAAAAAUACGUCGAUCGAGCGUUAAGAAUAUUUAUUGGAUAUGCAAAAAGGAAUGGAUUGAUCCCGACUCCAAUAAAGAGUGCACUAGAAAUGAAGCUAAAUGUGCUAUCAGAUCGAGGUAACGCUUUAAGGAAAAUUAAUAUCCUUGCUAGCCAAAACGAUGAUACAAAUAUUAGAAAACGCAAAUUCGAUGGUUUUUAUAACCCCUCCAAAAAAAUCAAAGUAUUGGACUACGAACAUCUAUAUAAACUAGGUGCAAGCGAUGAGUUGAGCAAAUUCGAUCUUAGUCUAAUAACUCAGCCCAAUGUUCAUGCAUUGAUGGUGAUGAAUGCGUUGAGAAAAGUACCUGUACAGAAACUCACUAAAGGUUUGGAAAUCAUAUGCGAGCGGUUCAAGGAUGCUGUAUCAAAAUCGGCUGCUUCCAAUGCUCAACUUCAGACUACUAUUAAAUCUGAGCCUGGUUUUAUGGACCCUUUUACAAUUUCCGCAACUGCAAACGAUGGCUUAUACAACAAGGCAUUCAAAAGCGAAAUUGAUAACAAAGGCAAAGGGAAUGUUGGGAAACAAAACAACGAAGUGGGAAAUACCGGGGGUAAGUACGGAGAAGAAAGAGUAAAAGUAAAAGUAAAAGGAAAAACAGAAAAUGAGGGAAAAAGAGAAGAAGUAGAAAAAGAAGAAGAAGAAGAAGAUGAUGAUUUUGAUUACGAUGAUGACUACGACGAGAAUGAAUUUAAAGACGAGCCACUAUUUAGCUUGCCUCCACCUCAAAAUUUGUCUUUUGAAGAGAAGAAAGAGCAUUUGUCUAUAAUCAUUGAAAACUUUUUAAAGUUGGCUAAGAAUCCGCCGGAAAAGAAUGGCGUGGUCUCAAUUGCACAAGAACUGAAAAACAAUGCGAAUACUGAUUCGACUGCACAUGAAAACCCCAAAUUUAAUGAACAGCUUAAGGAGGUGGCCAUCAAAUCAUUCAACAAUAAUACGUGGGUGAUUAUACUCACGAGGUUGGCUACACGAGGAAUGCGGACAGUAGCAAAAGAUGAAGAGAACGAAAAAGAAGUGCUGGUGGAUCGUGGCAUUUAUGUCAAAGACAAGUCACCUGAUGAUCAAAGCAAAGAAGAAUUGAGCAACAUGAUUCGAGAGGCGUUGUUCAACUAUUUUGUUGAGAAUAUUCACUCGAGAGUAGAUGUGGUUAUUGAAUGGCUAAACGAGGAAUGGUACAGCGAGCAGGUAUUUUAUCAAAAUUGUAUUCUGGAAGAAAAAGGAAAAAAGGAAAAACCAGACGAAACUGGAAAUGAAACUGGAAAUGAAACUGGAAAUGAAACUGGAAAUGAAACUGGAAAUGAAACUGGAAAAGAAACUGGAAAAGAAAACGAAAAAAGAGCAGAUGAUGAUAAGGACUCUUCUUCCAGAGUUAUGAAUGUCUCCACCCCAAUAUACGACAAAUGGGCUAACAAGGUAUUGGAUGCAAUGAUUAAUUACCUUGAACCUAGCGAUAAGAAAAAUUUCAUCCGUCUAUGUAGUGAUUUACCCUCAUUGAAUGAGCAAAUGUUGGGCAAAAUCAAAUCGUUAUGCUUUGACCCAGCUCGUUCAAACAUCGGGUUCUUGGCGUUGCAUUUCCUUAUAAUGUACAGACCGCCAGUGAAAACCAUUUGUCAUAAGAUAUUAAAAGAGUUGGGUGAGAGUGAUCAGGAGGAUGUGAGAGAGGAGGCAAAAAAGAAAUUAGCCAGGGUAUAG